CACAAACCUGCGCGAGAAUCCCCGAAGAACCGUAAACAAAGAGAUCCAGUAGAACAGGGUCACGGAACCACAUCUGCUGCUGCUGUAAAUAUCAACUUGAAAGCAAGACACGUUGUUGGUCGAGCAUGCCCAGUAACGCAGCUCAACUCUUGGAGUCAGACGAUACUGAACCGGAUCUCCCGGUACUGGUACCGAACCUGAGCGGGUUGAGCCUCCGGGAUGAUGAGAGUCCAUCAGAACCACGUGGUACUCCUCAUCUGGGUGUCCUGGGUGCGGUGUUGGACCUCCAGCCCCUGUCCCAAACUAGAUCAGAGGAGGAAAACAGCACCAACAACAAUAUUAUCAGACAUGAUGCUGAUCUGGACCAGCUGAGGGCCCUGGCCCUCGCAGGCAUGGAGGCACCGGGGACGGGUGGGCUCUUUCAGGAUGGGCUGGGCGAGUCCCAAGGCUUCCACCAGGUUCAGGGGAGGAUGAUGAUGGCGGCAAUGAUGAUGAUGCAGGAGGGCGAGAGAUGUGCACUAAACACCAGGAGGAAGAGCGUGAACACAACAGAGUGUGUGAUGGUGCCCACAUCUGAGCAUGUGGCGGAAAUAGUUGGCAGACAGGGUUGCAAGAUCAAAGCUCUGAGAGCAAAGACCAACACUUACAUCAAAACACCCGUUAGAGGAGAAGAACCAGUGUUCGUAGUGACCGGACGAAAGGAGGAUGUCAUGACGGCGAAGCGUGAGAUCAUGUCAGCGGCCGAGCAUUUUUCCCUCAUCCGGGCGUCUCGGAACAAACUGGCACCAAACGUUGGGCACAACAGCGUCCCUUGCCAUCCGGGACAGACAACCAUCCAGGUACGGGUGCCGUAUCGAAUGGUAGGGCUCGUGGUGGGACCGAAAGGAGCGACUAUCAAGAGGAUCCAGCAGCAAACCCACACUUACAUUGUGACACCAAGCCGUGACAAAGAACCGGUGUUUGAGGUGACCGGCAUGCCCGAGAACGUGGAUCGAGCGCGGGAGGAAAUCGAAGCCCAUAUUGCUCUGCGUACCGCGGGACACGUGGACACCAGCGCGGACGAUGACGACUUCCACUACAACGGCACCGAUGUAGGCUUCGAGUCGGGAAGCAACAGAGCCUGGCUCUUCUCCGGCGGCGUUUCAAACAUCGAUAACGGCAGCUUCCACAGCAACGCCUCAGGAUACCGAAACGACAGCUCCAGCUCGCUUGGGAGCAACUCGAGCGAGUCGUACUACAGCGGGAAAGGCAGCGGCGUGGCGGAUCUCAGUCCCGGUAGCACCGGCGGCACGUUCUGGUAUGGCGAUACCCAGUUGCCCUUGGGAUCUGAAGAUUCGGCUGGAUACGACGGGUUGACGAUGACGGCCCCGUCCACCAAUCCUUUGUGGAGCACCUUUGAUCGGGGAGGCGCGAGUUUGCCGAAUACGCCGAGGCUCUCUCCAUCCCUUCUCGCUCGUCUGUCUCCGUCUCUUCCGGAGGCACUGGAUCAUCAUCCGCUGGUUCGGCUGGUGCAGGAGAAUUCCCAGAGUCUCCCGGCCUUUGGCACGGCGUUUUCCCCGUCAGGCGACAGCACGGGCUCCAGCUCUCCGCCGGACAUGCGCACCUUCCCCAAACACAGCCAGGUUCCUGCGUGCGUACGUUGCGGAGACAAUGUGGCGGCGAUUGUCCUCGGAGGGCAAAACCUCGUGUGUCUGGAGUGUUCCAACAUCCUGCAAAGCGUGUAG